UAAAACAAAACCCUAAAACCCCAAUCGGAAAAACCCUAGAAAUCAAAAAAUGGAGAAAUCAGUAGCAAAAUUAGAAAAAGGAACGAUAUGUUCAUCAUGGAAUUACUGUGCUCAACGAUUAGCUACUGGGUCAAUCGACGGAUUUGUUUCCAUUUUUGAUACUACUGAUCCUGCUUCUUCUUCUUUUUUUUCCACUUUUAAAUUCAAGGUAAGUGGUGAUGAAAGUAAUGUUGUAAAAAUUGUGUGGGUCCCACCAGAAUAUGGUGAUGCAAUUGCGUGUAUAUGUUCUAAUGGAAGCCUGUAUAUUUGGGAAGAAAUUGCUCAAGAUAGCGAGCCUGUUCAAUGGAAGCACUGCAAAAGCUUUGGGGGACCUUCAGAAAAAGUGCUGGAUUGUCAAUUUGGGAACUCCCUCUCAACAUUAAAAUUGACAAUUGCUUAUUCAAAUGGCCUUGUAAAAGUCUACGAGACCUUAGAUCAGGUGGAACUAAAGAACUGGCAACUUCAGGCUGAAUUUCAGAAUGUUACUGAUCUAGUGACGAAAUUUGGGAAGGCUUCAUGUUCAGCUGCAUCUAUUUCAUGGUGUCCAGAUAGAAGUGAAAGCCGUCCUUCAAGUUUUGUAUCAUGUUUCAACUCAGAUACUCCUCUAUUAAAUUCACCCAAGGUAUGGGAAUUUGAUCAAGAUCAUCAGAGAUGGCUUCCAGUUGCUGAACUAGCAGAGCCAGGUGAUAAGGAGGAUCAGGUAUAUUGUGUGGCGUGGGCUUCAAACAUUGGAAGGCCAUAUGAGUUGAUAGCUGUUGCAACAUCUAAAGGAAUUUCAAUAUGGCAAAUGGCGUCUGAUCCUGACACUGAUGGAAGGCUCGUUGUUGAGAAGGUUGCUACGUUCCCUUGUCACAACAGUGAGGUGUGGCAGAUGGAGUGGGAUAUGAGUGGAAUGACACUAGCAACUAGCGGAACUGACGGGAUGGUGAGAUUGUGGCAGUCCAACCUCAAUGGACUUUGGCACGAACAAGCAGUAAUUGAACCGACCACAUGAGCUGUUCAUGUGUCCUAUCAAUGUACCAAACCAAAACAUAUGUAUUCAUCAUUAGUAUACUCGAAGUUUCUUGCAACUGGUGUUAAUAGCACUUCUUAGUGUUCAGAUUUUUCGAUUAGUAAUGCAAGCCUGCUGUCAUUAACACUGGCACAAUGUACUUCAAUUUUGAUGAUGGCAAUUUUUAUUUACACUUGUUAGGAUUCU